AUGUGUUCAUCACUCUGUCUCUACAGCAGGGCUGGUGGUUUAAUGUGUUCAUCACUCUGUCUCUAUAGCAGGGCUGGUGGUUUAAUGUGUUCAUCACUCUGUCUCUACACCAGGGCUUGUGGUUUAAUGUGUUCAUCACUCUGUCUCUAUAGCAGGGCUGGUGGUUUAAUGUGUUCAUCCACACUGUCUCUACCUCAGGGCUGGUGGUUUAAUGUGUUCAUCACUCUAUCUCUACAGAAGGGCUGGUGGUUUAAUGUGUUCAUCACUCUGUCUCUACCUCAGGGCUGGUGGUUUAAUGUGUUCAUCACUCUGUCUCUACAGCAGGGCUGGUGGUUUAAUGUGUUCAUCACUCUGUCUCUAUAGCAGGGCUGGUGGUUUAAUGUGUUCAUCACUCUGUUUCUACAGCAGGGCUGGUGGUUUAAUGUGUUCAUCACUCUGUCUCUACAGCAGGGCUGGUGGUUUAAUGUGUUCUUCACUCUGUUUCUACAGCAGGGCUGGUGGUUUAAUGUGUUCAUCACUCUGUCUCUACAGCAGGGCUGGUGGUUUAAUGUGUUCAUCACUCUGUUUCUACAGCAGGGCUGGUGGUUUAAUGUGUUCAUCACACUGUCUCUACCUCAGGGCUGGUGGUUUAAUGUGUUCAUCACUCUAUCUCUACAGAAGGGCUGGUGGUUUAAUGUGUUCAUCACUCUGUCUCUACCUCAGGGCUGGUGGUUUAAUGUGUUCAUCACUCUGUCUCUACAGCAGGACUGGUGGUUUAAUGUGUUCAUCACACUGUCUCUAGCUCAGGGCUAUAGUUAUAUAUAUGAUUAA